AUGACAACCUCACCCUCCAGCAGUGACUACAGUAGCACGGAGGACUUUAUUUCCGAACGCAAAUCCAUCCAGAGCCUCUCUGUGGGCUACUACCCCUCUGAGAACACCUUUUCCUAUGAGGACGUGGUCUCCCAUGAGGAGGCAGCCUCUGCCAAUUUCCUCCCUCCUGUCCAAAGUAUCUGGGGGACAGAGAGCUUGAGGAGACUCUUCCGGAAACGAGAUCAGAUGGAACAUGAUCCAGAGCAGUUCUGCAAGCUAAGCAUCACACUGGCCUGGGAUAUCGAUGUGAACUCUGACCAUGCAGAUGCUCUUGCAAAUCUGGAUCUAAAUGGCCAUAGCCAGUGGAUGGAUAAGUGGCCAGAAGACAAGACAAAACUGACUCCCAGAAAACUGGAUAACCUAGUACAGAAACUUGAGACAUUUCUAGGAAAAGAAAAAGGUGGCCAGCAUGAUGGCUGUGUGCUCCCUGAAUCUACUCAGAAGGAAGAUGUCCACCUCAACAGCAGUCCCCCUCCACACAGUGCUCAGGUCAGUCAUAAAGAACGUGAUGUUUGUCAAGAUUUGUCCAAGAACAAGGCCCUGGAAAAUGAAGAUAUCUGUGAGGUUCUAGAGAAUCCUCCAAGUUUACUGAAAGACGAAAUUGAGCAGGAGAUAAGGCAGGAAGCUGGGAGCUCCUUGGAAACCUCCCCUGUGUCAUCCCCUCAGCCAGAGGGUGCAUCCCACUCACACAGCGCACCCCGUAUGAACUUUCGGUGGGUCCUCCACUGGCUGAGGACACAACUCUUCUCCCGGCGGAGGAGAGAGCACCCUAGCCAGGCUACCGUCAGCUGGCCCCAGAAAGCAGUGAGGAAGAUGCAUACUCUUAGAGGCAACAGAAUCCAGCCCCAAGAAUGA